AUGUAUGGGUAAGCGAAAGAAUAAUGUUGCUCCAAACAUUGCACAAAACUAUGUUGUUGAAAAAGUUCUCGACCGCUACAUAGAUGAAUUAGGGAAGAAGUGGUUCUACUUGAAGUGGAUGGGCUAUCCUGAGGACCAGGCUACUUGGGAGCCGGAACAGAACGCAGAUUGUACCGGACUCAUUAAAGAGUAUGAGCGGAAAUUAUCUAAGAAGAUUCCUAAAAAAUCAUCCGCUACGGUAAAAGAUUCAGAAUGGUCCUUAAAGCAAGCAACUGGUAGUUCCACUAAGAUAGUCUUGAAAAAGAUUAAUCUUGAACAUUUAGAGCAGUGCCCUAAAGCUCCUUCCGACCAGCCAUGUACCAUAAAGUUAAAAUUAAAUGGAGAGUACACUCAAGCAUCAUCCCCUCCCCAGCGUAAAACAAAGAGAAGGAGAUCUUCAGCCAUCGGUGUAGAAGUGGGGACUCCAAAGAAGAAGCGAGCUGGAGGGAGACGAAAGAAGAGCGAGUCUGAGGGGGCUGUGGUCCAUGUAGGACCAACUGAGGAAUACAUGGUAGAGGCAAUACAGGACAAAUGUUUGGACGCUAAUGGCAGGAUCUUAUACUUCAUCAAAUGGAUAGGAUAUGAUAGUAUUUAUAAUACUUGGGAACCUGUCGAGAACUUGAACUGUCCUGAACUUCUGAACGCUUUUAAUGCUGAUAACAAGCACCCCAAAGUCAUUGUGUCUAAGAUAUUAGAUAAGCGAAAGGUUGACGGAAAUAACGAAUAUUUGGUGAAGAUCAGCGGGUGCAGGAAGCAAACUUGGAUGUUUGAAAAUGAGUUGCAGUGCUCUGAUUUAUUGAAAGAAUUCAAUAAAGAGUAUGAUGCACGAAAUUCUAAAGUAUCGUUAGCAGAUAUUGCUGACAACUGUAGUUCUUCUGACUCUGAGUCAGAGCAAGAAGAUGAAAAACCUAAAACCUUAACAUCUGGAAUUAAAGUUAACAGAGACUGUACGACCAGUUCAGACGAGGACACUUUCUCACCCACUGUUCAUAAGAAGGAGCCGUCUUGUAUCAAUGGUGCAAAUUUUAAAACGAAAACUAGAUUUUCAAGCAGCAGUAGUAGUGACGGUGACUUAGAUUUUGAGGAUUUGUUGAAGCGGUACAAUGAAUCUGUUAAGACAGAGAAACCGCUCGAUUCUGCACCUCCCAGCCCUCCCACUCCUGAGGAACUGAUUCCGUCUGGUUCCAUCAAAAAAGAUGAUGAUUCAAAACCUUCAGUUCCUUUAGAAACAAAGCCGUCCGCUCCUUUAGAAACCAUGUCGUCAGCUAUAAAAUAUGAUCUUCCUAUUUCUCCACCCAAAACGAACUUUAACAAACCAGUCGACCUCAGCCCUGUAUCAUCUAGAAACGAUUACGACGAUAAAAGAGAUCCCUUGUCUGAUAUCCCUGCUGCUAAGUUUGACUUACCUCAGUUAAUAAUUCCUAAAGAUAAGAAAGCUUUCCCCAGGAAGUCUCCUUUAAGAGAGCUCGCCGAACCUGUCACUCCCUCACCCCCACCAUCACCUCCUAGACCACGAAGUGUCUCUCCAUCACCACUUACAGUUUACAGCUAUCCUGGCACCUUGACCUCUGACAGGGGUAGAGAUCUAUCCAAGGAUACAGCCAAAACAGAACCUAAGGUUACUAUCCCUUCACCGAAACCAUCUCCAUUGGCUAGCUAUAUGAAGCCCAUGCGAUCUGCUUCAGACGAAUCUGAUUCAGAUGAAUCACUUUCAGAUCUAGAAAGUAAGCUGACUGAAGCAUUGCAAGGGGGAAAUAGUAACCACUCAGAACCCGCUAUAAACCUUGAGACUAAACCUGAAACCAGCUUUACCGGAGUAGAUUUAGGUGCCCUUAUAUUCACUGACGCUGCUAAACCAGGGGAUACGAGUCUGAACAUGUCAGGUUUGUUAGACAGCAUAGUAAGUCAGACUGUUACCAACUCUCUCCAAUCUGCCUUCAUGGACACAUCUGUUACUUACAAGGACCAGAGUCACAGUGAACUGUUUGAAGUGGUAGCUCAACACUCCGGAGCUCUCAACCCUGGAUCUGAUCACAUUAAUGGAGGAGGACUGCCUCCUUCUUCAGAGAAAGAGAUAGAUAAUGUACUCGGUGAUUUGUAUGCCACUGCUUCAAGUACUGAUGUGAAGAAAGAAUUAGGAGCAAGGAGCUAUUUCCCUGAACCACAGAUAGAUAACGAGGAGGAGGAGGAGAUGGAACCGCUAGACCCGCCUUUGAACAGUAUUAUAGGUCAUGAAGUAGACAAAUCUCCUCCUCCACCAGUUAAACUUCCUCCUCCCCCUGUUCCUUCUCCUCUUGAUCCCUUCCAGGACAUGCUCAGCACUUUCUCCAAACCUGCCAGAAAACCAAAGAAAACAGUUCUUUCUGUCCGGACUUUCUCCAAAAAGACUCCCGUCACCACCAAAGUCAAGAAGUCUGUGUCAACUCCUGCGAAUGAUAUUUUUGCUGACAUGGGCACUACAUCAGUGGGUUCAAAACGAAACAUUGCCGCGAACAGUGUUCCUUGUCCUUACUGUUCUCGCAAGUUCAAAGACAAGUCCAAGUUAGAUUUCCACAUGAGUUUCAAGCACCCGCAGAUGCUAGAGCUGGCGUGUGAUAAUUGUGGGGACUUUUUUCAGAGUGCUAUAGAGUAUCAGUGUCAUCAGCUUAGUUGCCCCAAAGGGUAGACCAGUACCAGUACCAGUACCUGUUUGUAUUACUAAUUUCAGUGUUUUAUAUAUUUUAAGUUGGCAGUCAUCGUGCUAUAAUUAUCGUUAGGUAUUUUAUGAAAAUGUACGUCUAAGAGAAGAUACAAUAAAAAAAUUUCAAAAUUUGUAUCUUUAAGAAGCCAAAUGUUACCGGUAUACGAUUGCAUUUAGGAUGAAAACUAUAACUCACCAUCUCACUAGCCUCUAAAUCCUAAUAAACUUGUCAUUUACUUUUCUAAUGUCAUUGAUUUAAGUUUCCACAAAUUUAAGUGCUCAUUAACGGGGUUGUCAUUAAAAUUACACUGGAUUUUUGUUGAUCAUGUGAUCUUGAUGCAUUCAUAGACUGAUAUAUCUUUUUAAUUGCACAUUGAUUGUAAAUAUAAUGAUUGUUUGAAUACUUUG